UUCAUUCGCAUUGAAAAAGAUUUUACGAACGCUCGUGUCUGCUAUACAAUUUUUUGUCAUACAAAAAAUCGUGAAACAAAAGUAUUUUAAAAAAUAUUUUGGUCAUAAACUAAUAACUACACGAAAUCGAAAAAUGGCUACUGACGCACAAGUUAAACAAGAAGAUUUUUCCCAAGAAUAUGCGGACGAUGACAACAGCCAAGAGUAUGAUGAUGAUCAACAACAAGGUGAUGAAUACGAUGAUCAAGAAGAUAAUGAGGAUUACAAUGACCAAAGCCAAGAUCAAACAAGCAAUGGUGGUGGCGGUAGUGGAAAUAAUACAUCGAGCGGUCCGAAAUACAUACGUUUACGAGGCUUACCAUGGUCUGCAACACAUCAGGAGAUCUUAAAUUUUCUUAAAAAUGUAAACGUUGUGAACGACUCUAAAGGCAUACACCUAAUUACAAGUCGUUGGGAUGGUAAGAACACAGGAGAAGCGUAUGUUGAAGUGCAGGGAGAGGAUGACGUGGAGGAGGCUCUCAAGCUUAAUAAAUGUAUGUUGGGACAUCGCUAUAUUGAAGUAUUCGUCGCUAACCCAAAGGAAGCGAAGGAAGCCAUGCGUAAAACUGGUAGCCAUGGCAUAUCGUAUGUUGUUAAACUGCGCGGUUUGCCAUAUUCGGUUACAGAACAACAAGUUGAAGAAUUUUUCAGCGGGUUGGAAAUCAAACCGGAUCGGGAGGGGAUACUUUUUGUUAUGGACAAAAGGGGUCGUGCGACUGGGGAAGCUUUUGUUCAGUUCGAAAGCCAAGAUGACACUGAACAAGCCUUGGGACGAAAUCGUUUAAAAAUUGGGCACAGGUAUAUUGAGAUCUUUCGCAGUUCCUUGGCUGAAUUGAAACGGGCUGCUAAAGGUAAUGGGCGCAGUGGUCCGUAUGAUUUGAAGGAUCGUGGCAGCAACCGUGGUAAUGAUUAUGGCGGCGGUCGGAAUAUGCGUGGUGGCAAUGACUGGGGUAAUAAUAAUGGUGGCCCAUUUGGUAUAGGCGCCAACAAUUCUCUGGGCUUCAACAAUCUGCCAAGUUUCACAAAUUCCGGUAACUUCGGUAAUAAUUUUGGUCCAAAUGGCAAUGGCGGCGGCAAUGGCUUUGGAAAUGGCAAUAAUGGUGGUGGUUUCGGUGGUUUUGGUAAUGGCAAUGGCAACGGCGGUAACUUUGGUAACGGUGGCAAUGGCGGUUUUGGCGGCAACAACCGCUUCAACAAUAGUGGCGGCAAUUUUGGCAAUGAUUUCGGCGAUUUUGGUAAUUUUGGCAAUAACCGAAACUUCAGCAAUGGCGGCAAUUUCGGUAAUGACUUUCCGAAUGGUAAUAAUCGCAAUGGCGGUGGUAGUGUAGGUGGUGGAUCAAAUAAUGGUGGUAGCGGUGGAAAUUUCGGUGACAAUUUCGGUAACUUUGGUAACUUCGGUAAUAACGGAGAUGGCGCCGGUGGCAAUUCCGGUAUGGGCAAUAUGAGCGGUGGUUUUGGUGGCAGCAGUUCCAUGAGUGGGGGUAGUGGCGGUUUCGGUCCUAUUGGUGGUGGUCGCAAUGAUAGCGAGUAUUUCACCAUACAUAUGCGUGGGCUGCCAUAUCAGUCGUUCGAAAAUGACAUUUUCAAGUUCUUCGAUCCGAUACGCCCAGCAAAUGUACGGGUUAAUUUCAAUAAGAAGGGAUUGCAUAGCGGCACUGCUGACGUCUACUUUGAUACAUACGAGGAUGCUCAAUUGGCGAUGAAAAGACAUCGCGAGCAAAUGGGCUCACGUUAUAUUGAGCUCUUCUUUGAUGGCAAAAGCAAAGUUGGUAAUAAUGGUGGCGGUGGCAACUACUCUCGUCGUAUUUAAAUUUAUAUCCAAUAGAAUGAGUUCAUUUUCCACUUGACACUAUUGUAUUUCUAAAAUUAACUUCUAACCAGUUCCCAGGAAGGGAAACAAAUUACUUAAAUGUACUAAGAAUAUUAUGUGAACCAUAAUUAUGAUAAAUUCUAACUACGGUCGAGAUUUUUCAUCAAUCAUCGUAGUUUCUGAAACAUUAUUGUAUGCAUUACAAAGGUCGUGAAACAGUAACGGGUCUACAUAUUAAUGUUUAAUUACUAUUGUGUUUAUACUGUAAGUCAAUUCAAAAAUAUGGAAACCUUUAACCAUAAUAAAAAACAUAUAUAUGUAUAUAUAUAUAUAUAUGUAAGUUUUAUUUUACAAAACUACGAAGUAAGAAUUUUACAUCUCCUUGUGAAUGGCCACUGGCAGUAGGAUACACACAGAUCGAUCUGACAUAUAUCCUGGCUACCUUUACAUUUCUUGGUUUAACGACUAAUCGGCGCUCCAGAUAGCAUUAAUAACGGAUAAUCAUUUCAUAGGCGUUUAUCAACUGUCAGUCGACAUUCACAAGAAAGGGUGUGAAUUUUUAUUAAUCAUACAUAAAGAAAGCUUACAUUCUACAUAAUUUGUUGUAAAAUUGAAUACUUCAACGCGCACAACACUUGGUUAUUCCUUAUUGUCAGUACAAUGCGAUCCGAUUUUUUUUUGUUCAUUUAUUGAAAACAUUCAAUUUUGUUAGAUUUUAUUUAUUUGUUUUUUUUUUUUUUCCAAGUACUUAUGUGUAAUUUGUCAAGCUGGCGUCCUAAAAUUGUUAAUAUUUAAUGAUUUGAAUACAAAGUCUACUAAGUUUAAACUCUAAAUAAUUUUUUAGUGAGCAUACAAAUCAUGAAUUUUAUUAAAAAAAAAGUAUUGCAGUGUAGAUGAAAUACUGUAGAAACCAUAGACAAAU